UUCGACAUGUAUUCUCUUGGUCUAGCUUUCAGAUAGGACGCACGGUGUUGCCUGUUGACAGGUGUAGACCGAUCUUAUAGCGGUGAAGGGACCAAGAGUGUGUAUUGUCGAACAGAACGGAACAGCAAUUACAAUCCCAUCAAACUAGCAGUCGUAUACAGACCAAGAAACAUUUGAAAGAGAAUUUUGUGAAUUAUUUUUUUUAAUUCAAACCAGUCUUCGGAAUUUUUUUGGCUACCUAUCUGUGAAUGAUUUAACAUGUUUUGUGAAUGGAGUGUUGUGUUUAGGACAUACAUUUAGAAGAAAAAGAAGUGAAUUUUAGUUGGACUUUGCCCGUGGUAUGAAAGAUAUUUGGCAAAUGAAAACUUCAGAAGGAAAUAACAACUGCCUGCCUGGCAGAAGAAAACCAAGUCAAGGCUCUCGAUGUAAAAAGAGGCUUUCCAUUCUGUUACAUACGCACGUUGCUCUUAUUGGACUGUGCACGCUCAGCGUUCUAGAUGCAGGAUGUGUGAUAGGGCAAAUUAUCAGCGACAUUCUAAUCAUGAAAGACGAACUUCAAGAAAAGACUUUGAUGGAAAACCAUGCAAAGGAAACGCUGUUAAAUCUUUUCCCCGAACGCUUCAAUAAAACGAACUAUGAAAAGGCUAGUCUAGAAGAAAUAAUGGUCAUAAUGAAAGAGUGUUUCGACGAACUUCGGAAAGACGGAACGUUAAAGGGAAAGAGCAAGCUGGAACAUGCCUUGUCACCACAUAGCCACCCACCGAACGGCGGCGAGCACCACGUGCACGGACACAGAAAGCGGCGCGGCGCCGGCGGAAACCACCAGCACACCUUCCAUGACAAAGAGAAACACAUCAACCAUCAUAUACUGCACGAGCUCACGCAUGCCUUCCAUCUUGGAAGCAUGGUCAUUCUAACAGUCCUGUUGGUUGAGACAAAAUUGAAAAUACUAGCUAUGGGAAAGAAGUUUUUGAAUCACAAGAUAGAGGUUUUCGAUGCUUUUGUAAUCACCGUAUCUUGGGCAUUAGACAUUGCAUUCUGGGAAGGUUUGUGGGCUCACCCAGAAAACGAAGCAGCAAAUAUCAUGAUUUUUAUCCUUCCUUGGAGAGUUAUAAGGAUAGUCAACAGUUUCGUGAUGGUCAUACAAGAAAAGGACCAAGUUCAGUUGAAAAUUGUCAAACAACAAUACCGUGGCUCUGUUAAAAGAGCCAGCGACAUGAAAAUGAAAGUGGAAUUGUACAGGAUCGAGUUGCGUCAUCUACAGAGCUUAUGUCGCAGACGCGGCGCGACAGAAAAAGAAAUCCAAAGUUGUGCCCCAGAAGGUAAGAGGAGGAGAAGUAGUUUGUUACCGGUGUUAACUCGAUUGGCCUCAGUAGGACUCCUUGGCUCAGUCAGCAGUAGUGCCGAUCUCACCAAGGAGGCGGCGUCUAACGACACCUCAGACGAAGAGGAUUCCGCUGUUGAGAUCACCAGCCGUCCAAAUAGUAACUAUAGCAAUUACAGCAGCGACUGUCUAAGUCUGGCCAGGACAGUAUCGACCGGAAGCAGCGUAUCAGCUUUUCCCGCCAGCACCAGCUUAGAAAACCUUGUGCACGAUAAUUUGGCCUAUGUUGACGAAAAACCUCCAAACUAUAGGGAAGUCUCCAACGAAACAAAGGCUGAAGAUGACUUUCAUACCAAGCUGUGAUUAACAUAAAUACCCGAAGACAUUUGUUCAAACUCAAUUGUUCAAUUGGUCAACAAGAGUACCAACGCCAUGUUGGUUCCCGCCAAAAUGAGUCUGUAUGCCUCCGCCAGAAACUAAAACGCCGUCGUGGGCAACAUGUGAUAUCUGUAUCAGCACAUUCUGUAUAUAGACCGCGGGAUGAGAUGUGGUGUUUUGUAACUGUUCUUUGUGGUCAAAUGUAAGAACAUGGCAGAGGAGAAAAUGAAGAUACCUGAAAUGAUCAGACUGAAACAUUUGCGAUGAAGACAGCAAACAUCUGCUUGGAAUGGUGCCUUGAUUUCUUAAACUGACUUUUUACUAAUUUGUAGCCUUUUCAAGAGAAUGGAAAUAACAGUAUUAUUAUUGUUUGUAUAUUUCUCAUGGAUUAGUCUAAGGGUUUUUUUUCACCGAUGCGAAAGCUUUUGGAGAAUUUUUUUAAAAGGAGAUUUGAAAAUUGGAAUAAAAAGCAAAAAGUAAUUUCGUUAGCGGUAAUUUAAAAGAUGGAUUCUAAUUGUGUUUUAUUUUUAAAGAUUAGUAUAUAUGAAAAAAUUAUGAAGAAGAUAAUACCUUUCGUAUUCUUUGUUUUCUAAUCGACGUGAAGCUGUGAUAAUCUAAUACUGAACUUGAUUCAGUUUUUGUUUUGUUUUUCUUUUUUUACCCGUGAUGCACUUGUAGCACUAUUCAAAUUGGAGAUCAUUAUUUCGUCAUAUGGAUAUGAGAGGUGUUCGAAUGGUUUCAUCAAAGUGCACUGUAAAUACAUUAAUCACUGUCUCAGUUGGCUAUCGAUACCUUAUACACGCAUUUUCAUUACUACUCUACAGGAAUUCUCUCUUGGUUUCCUCACUUGUUUGUAUAUCUGUAAAUUUAAGACAGGGGGCUAAAUAAUAAGCAAAAGAGAUAUUUAAAAUAAUUUUUUAAUUUGUUUAAUGUAUUGAACUGAACUUGUUUUGUUAGCCCUAUUAGUUUGUUAUUUCUCGUUUCGUUUUCUGUUUUAUAGCAGUGCUAUCAUAUUGUGUGAAUGAUUCAAAUGUGAAUGUGGUUUUUUUUUCACCGAUUUCAUUUUUAUAAUUUUGUGUUGAGUUUAUUUAUAUUCAGACUCUGAAUAAAGUCAAACUUUGUAAAUUUA